CCAACGGACCAGGCUAGGGCAGUGAGGUAACUGUUGCAGCCAGGGAGCUGGGAGGCGACGCCGAGACUACAGUUUCCAGAGGUGCCAGAGGGAAAAGGAGGAGGCAGCCGAAGCGAUCCGGGAGAGAAGCCCCUUUCGCCCCUCUCCUCAGCCAGCAUGUCGCGGACUCCGCCGCUCCUCAGCCCGCGCGGCGGGGACCCUGGGCUGCGGCGGCGGGCGCAGCUCUGACGCGCUGCCAGCCGGGGGGCGCCCCGAACGCGGGGGCGGGGGUCCGGAGCGCCAGCGGCCGCUGCGCUACGAGCUGGGGGUGCUGAGCCCCGCGGCCACCCCGGCCCCGGCCAUGAGGAGGGACGAGCGAGACGCCAAAGCCAUGCGGUACCCGCAGCAGCCGGACGGGGCCGGCUCGCCCCCCGAGAGUCUGAGGAACGGCUACGUGAAGAGCUGCGUGAGCCCCUUGCGGCAGGACCCUCCGCGCGGCUUCUUUUUCCACCUCUGCCGCUUCUGCAACGUGGAGCUGCGGCCGCCGCCGGCCUCCCCCAAGCAGCCGCGGCGCGGCUCCCCCUUCUGCCGGGCGCGCCUCUCGCUGGGCGCCCUGGCCGCCUUUGUCCUCGCCCUGCUGCUCGGCGCGGGGCCCGAGAGCUGGGCUGCCGGGGCCGCCCGGCUGCGGACGCUGCUGAGCGUGUGCUCGCACAGCCUCAGCCCCCUCUUCAGCAUCGCCUGUGCCUUCUUCUUCCUCACCUGCUUCCUGACCCGGACCAAGCGGGGACCCGGCCCGGGCCGGAGCGGCGGCUCCUGGUGGCUGCUGGCGCUGCCCGCCUGCUGUUACUUGGGGGACUUACUGGUGUGGCAGUGGGGGUCUUGGCCUUGGGGGGGCGGGGACGCAGGGGUCCCCGAUCCGGCCGCACACACGCCCCUGGCGGUGGCGGGCAGGUUGCUCGUGGUGCUGAGCUGUGUGUGUCUGCUGACGCUCGCGCACCGGGUGAGGCUCCAGCACAGCAUCCUGGUGCUGCUCUUCGCCAGCUUCGUCUGGUGGGUCUCCUUCACCAGCCUCGGACUGCUGCCUUCGGCCCUCCGGCCGCUGCUCUCCUGCCUGGUGGGGGGCGCUGGAUGCCUGCUGGCCCUGGGGUUGGAUCACUUCUUUCAAAUCAGGGAAGCGCCUCAUCAUCCUCGGUUGUCCAGUACCGCCGAGGAAAAAGUGCCUGUGAUCAGACCCCGGAGGAGGUCCAGCUGCGUGUCGCUUGGCGAAACUGCAGCCAGUUACUAUGGUGGCAGUUGCAAAAUGUUCAGGAGACCUUCGUUGCCUUGUAUUUCGAGAGAACAGAUGAUUCUUUGGGAUUGGGACUUAAAGCAGUGGUAUAAGCCUCAUUUUCAGGUAAAUAUAAGCUCUGAAAUAGAGGACCCAGCUGAGAAAGGGGAUCGAAAACUUCACAAGGGACUAAAUAGUAGGAAUAGUUUACCAACUCCACAGCUGAGGAGGAGCUCAGGAACUUCAGGAUUGCCACCUAUUGAGCAGUCUCCAAGGUGGGAGCGCAAUAUUGCCAAAAGGCCUCACCAAGAAUUUGGCGUUGCAAGUCAAGGAUGCUAUCUAAAUGGGCCUUUUAGUUCAAAUCUACUGACAAUCCCGAAGCAAAGGUCAUCUUCUGUAUCACUGACUCACCAUAUAGGUCUGAGAAGAGCUGGUGCUUUAUCCGGCCUGAAUCCUAUGAAUUCUCCCAGUCAUGGACUAAUGUCUGCUGGCUCUCUAACUAAUCGAUCACCUAUAGAAUUUCCUGAUACUGCUGAUUUUUUUAAUAAGCCAAGCGUUGUUUUACACAGAUCUCUGGGCAGUGUACCCAAUACACCAGAUUUGUAUCAGCAGUUUAGAAAUUCUGAUAGCAAUCUGUGUAAAAGCUGUGGACAUCAAAUACUGAAAUAUGUUUCAACAUCUGAAUCAGAUGGUACAGAUUGCCACAGUGGAAAAUCAGGUGAGAUUGCAAAAGUUGAACAGGAAGUAUCACUGGACUGGAUUUUAGUAGAAGAUCAUGACUCAUUAAUAGAAAACAUGAACAACUGGAAUUUUCAAAUUUUUGAACUUGUAGAAAAGAUGGGAGAAAAAUCAGGAAGGAUUCUCAGUCAGGUCAUGUACACCUUAUUUCAAGACACUGGUUUAUUGGACAUAUUUAAAAUUCCCACUCAACAAUUUAUGAAGUAUUUUCGUGCAUUAGAAGAUGGCUAUCGAGACAUUCCUUAUCACAAUCGUAUACAUGCCACAGAUGUCCUACAUGCAGUUUGGUACCUGACAACACGGCCAAUUCCUGGCUUACAGCAGAUCCACAAUGAUCAUGGAACAGGAAACGAAACAGAUUCCGAUGGUAGAAUUAACCCUGGGCGAAUUGCUUAUAUUUCUUCGAAGAGCUGCUCUAUUCCAGAUGAGAGUUAUGGCUGCCUAUCUUCAAACAUUCCUGCAUUAGAAUUGAUGGCUUUGUAUGUGGCAGCUGCCAUGCAUGAUUAUGAUCACCCAGGGCGGACAAAUGCAUUUUUAGUGGCUACAAAUGCCCCUCAGGCAGUUUUGUACAACGACAAAUCUGUUCUGGAAAAUCAUCAUGCUGCAUCAGCUUGGAAUUUAUAUCUUUCUCGCCCAGAAUACAACUUCCUUCUUAAUCUUGAUCAUGUGGAAUUCAAGCGCUUUCGUUUUUUAGUCAUUGAAGCAAUACUUGCCACAGAUCUUAAAAAGCAUUUUGAUUUUCUUGCUGAAUUCAAUGCCAAGGCCAAUGAUGUAAAUAGUAAUGGCAUAGAAUGGAAUAGUGAAAAUGAUCGCCUCUUAGUAUGCCAGGUGUGCAUCAAACUGGCAGAUAUAAAUGGCCCAGCAAAAGUUCGAGACUUGCAUUUGAAAUGGACAGAAGGCAUUGUCAAUGAGUUUUAUGAACAGGGAGAUGAAGAAGCAAAUCUUGGUCUGCCCAUCAGUCCCUUCAUGGAUCGUUCUUCUCCUCAACUAGCAAAACUCCAAGAAUCUUUUAUCACCCACAUAGUGGGUCCCCUGUGUAACUCCUAUGAUGCUGCUGGUUUGCUCCCAGGUCAAUGGAUAGAAGCAGAAGAAGAUGAUGAUACUGAAAGUGGUGAUGAUGAAGAUGGUGAAGAAUUAGAUACAGAUGAUGAAGAAAUGGAGGACAAUCUAAAUUCUAAACCGCCAAGAAGGAAAACCAGACGACGAAUAUUUUGCCAGCUAAUGCACCACCUCACUGAAAACCAUAAGAUAUGGAAGGAAAUCAUAGAGGAAGAAGAAAAAUGUAAAGCUGAUGGGAAUAAGCUGCCAGCGGAGAAUUCCUCCUUACCUCAAGCAGAUGAGAUUCAGGUCAUUGAAGAAGCAGAUGAAGAGGAAGAAGCAACAGUUUGAAUAAAAGAAAAGUCAUAAUGAGGAAGCCUGGAGGGCUGUGCCCAGGGGCAGAAAUCAUUGCCUACUCGACCGUGCCGACCUUGAGCUGACCGUCCCCCGUGGACAGGGAAUACUGUGAGAGGAUCCUUGCUGUACUGGCAGUUUCCCACUCCUAUGCACUUUCACCACAUGAACUAGAAAACUGUUCCUAGAGCUAGGCUUGAGUUGACCCAUGUUGCAAAGCCUUUACUUAAAUCCUUCACUGGUGUAU